AUGCGAAGGAGAUCGUAUAGCUCAGAUCGAAAUGGGUCUCAGAGCUCAGAAGAUGGGUAUCACUCGCGGCGAAAGAAAAGAAGAAGAAGUCGGACAGAUUCACGAGAGCUUGAUCUCAAACGAGAACGUGACUCGAUAAAAAGGGACUAUUCAAUGGAAUCGUUUUCUAGGCGAAGAAGGUCUUCCAGCGGACGGCGAUUCAAGCGAGAGAAGCGCGAUCGAUCCGAGUGCCUUUCCGAGCGAUCCCGUUCCCGCUCCCACCGGCGACGACGACGACACGGCUCUGAGGCUCCCACCAAAGUCGAUCAAGACGGUCAUUUAAAAUUUAAACGCGGCGACGUCAUUAAUGAUCGCUACCAGAUCGACAAAACGCUCGGAGAAGGCACUUUUGGGAAAGUGGCAAAAUGCUUCGACAAAAAGCGUGGCCAGACUGUCGCCCUGAAAAUUAUUAAAAAUAUCGAAAGAUACCGGGACGCGGCCAAGUUAGAAAUAAAUGUUCUUGAGAAGCUCACAAGAAAAGAUCCAAAGGGCAAAUAUCUCUGUGUCAGUCUCUUCGACCACUUCAACUAUCGUGGACACGUUUGUUUGGCCUUCCCUGUACUGGGAGAAAGCACCUUUGAUUUUCAGAAGAAUAACAAUUACAGGCCUUACAGUUUUGAGCACGUUAGGCAUAUGACCUAUCAACUUUGCUGGGCCGUAAAAUUCAUGCACGACAACAGACUCACUCAUACAGACUUGAAGCCCGAAAAUAUUCUUCUCGUUGAUUCCUCUCAUAAAGUCGAGUAUUCCCACCGAAAACGACGUGAGUACAGACGAUUGAAGAAUUCUGACAUACGAGUCAUCGACAUGGGCUCAGCUACCUUUGAUCAUGAACAUCACAGCGCCGUUGUUUCAACACGACACUAUCGCGCUCCUGAGGUAGUAUUGGAACUAGGAUGGGCGCAGAGCUGCGAUGUCUGGAGCAUUGGGUGCAUUAUUUUUGAGUUUUAUAUGGGAAUCACGAUGUUCCAGACGCACGACAAUCUGGAACAUCUCGCCAUGAUGGAAAGAAUUCUCGGCCCUAUUCCGAAUCAUAUGAUUGAGAAAACGAAGAAGACGAAAUAUUUCCGCAGGGGAAAACUCGACUGGGACUCAAAGUCGAGCAACGGAAAGUACGUGCGUGAAAACUGCAAGCCGCUUAUUCGAUACUGCCGUCGAAGAGACGAGCCCGAACAUGUCAAAUUUUUUGAUCUAAUUGCCCAGAUGCUCGAAUAUGAGCCGUCACGAAGAAUAAACCUCGCAGAAGCACUCAAACAUCCAUUUUUCAACAAUCUUCCUUCAGACAAACGACUUCCUAGCAAAACUAGAGAGGAUUCGAUAAGUUCAAGAAGAUCCAAUAGUCGUCAAGAAAGUCGUCGAUGA